AUGACCCCUCUCUUGGAAAUCGCCUGUUUCAAUCAGGAAUCUGCAAUCAAUGCAGCCAAUGGCGGUGCUGAUCGAAUUGAGCUUUGUCGGGAUUACGCAUCUGGAGGACUUUCACCCGCCGCCACAACUUUGAUGGAACUCAAGUCUCAGAUUACUGUUCCAAUAUACGUUAUGAUUCGCCCACAUUCAAAUGGCUUCUGCUACGACAAGGAAUCAUUUGAGAUCAUGAAAACGACAUUGUCCAAUAUGAGGAACCUCGGGGCAGAUGGUUUUGUUUUCGGCAUUCUCAACCCUCUUUCUGGAGACUCCUCGAAAAGUUUGUCUUCGUGGAUUGAUGUCGCCAGAAAUAAGGAGCUUGUCAAGCUUGCGAAAGGAAAACCGUGCACUUUUCACCGCGCUUUUGACUGCAUUCCGGAAUCUCACUGGGACACAGCGCUGGAUGACUUAAAAGGGUGUGGCUUUGCAUCAGUUCUGACCAGUGGAGGUCCAUCGAGUGACAGGGCAAUUGACUGCGUUGACAGACUAGCCGACCUUACCCAACGGCUUGAUCCACUCCAAUCUCAUUCCCAAAAAAGCUGCAACCCUCUCCAGAUCAUCGUUGGCGGUGCAGUGAGAGCGAAUAAUGUCCAAGUACUAAGGGAGACGUCCCAUGCGCAGGCAUUCCACUCUAGUGCCCUUAUAUCAUCCGAUGAGACCGUUGCGACGUCUGAGGUGGAAAGUCUGCGAGCCAUGUUGCGGGGGAAUCCACUGCAGCGAAAAAGCACCCCGUAA